AUGGCGCGCUUGCCGGCUGAUCGCCUAGAGCCGUAUAACCCACCAUUUACGUUUACCGGGGUCGAUUACUUCGGACCAUUUCAAGUAAAGUUUGCCCGACGGUCGGAAAAGAGUGAAAACGGACCCAAAUGUAAAGGGGUUGAGAGAGAACUAAAGCUGUUGCUGCUGGAGUGGAACCAAGAACGCAUACGUAGCUCCGUUGUAGCGAAUAUAUUGGACUGGAUAUUCAAUCCCCCAACAGAUAGUCACCGGGGCGGAUAA